AUGACUCUUCUUACUUUGAAGGAGGAUCGGCCUACGCCCAAGGCCGUCUACAACUGGAGGGUGUAUGCCUGUGCUGCUACAGCAUCCUUUGCAGCAUGCAUGAUAGGAUACGACUCUGCCUUCAUUGGCACCACUCUUGCCCUCCCUUCCUUUGAGGAUGAGUUCAACUUCGCGCAAUACUCCAAGUCACACCUCACACUUAUUCAACAAAACAUUGUAUCCGUCUACCAGGCUGGAGCUUUCUUCGGGAGUUUGGCCGCCUAUGUCUCGAGUUACUUUCUUGGACGUAGGAAAUCUCUCCUCGCGUUUGCCGCCUUCUUCAUGAUUGGAGCCGGCAUGAUGCUGGGCGCCUCUGGUAGUCGCGGCCUUGGCCUGAUUAUCGGUGGCCGCGUGCUGGCUGGCUUUGGAGUGGGAGGAUGCUCUAACAUGACACCUAUUUACAUCUCUGAGCUUGCUCCACCAGCCGUGCGUGGACGCCUCGUUGGUCUCUAUGAACUUGGGUGGCAAAUUGGUGGAUUGGUUGGAUUCUGGAUAACAUAUGGUGUAAACACGACCAUGGCACCCAGCAAAACACAAUGGCUCAUCCCAUUUGCUGUCCAGCUGAUCCCCGGAGGAAUGCUCCUGAUCGGUGCUGUGUUCAUUCCCGAAUCUCCUCGCUGGCUCUUUUUAAAGGGUAAACGGGAAGAAGCCUUGAAAGUCCUCUGCUGGAUGAGACAGCUUGACCGUGAUGACAAGUAUAUUGUGGAGGAAGUGGCCUUCAUUGAUGAAGAUCUGGAGCGCUAUCGCCGAGAAGUCGGCGCUGGCUUCUGGAAGCCGUUCUUGGCUCUGAAGGAGCGCAGAAUUCAGUGGAGAUUCUGUCUUGGUGCUCUUCUAUUCAUUUUCCAGAAUGGGUCUGGCAUCAACGCAAUCAACUACUACAGCCCGACUGUCUUCCGUAGUAUCGGCGUCCAAGGAACAAAUACAAGCUUUCUCACCACAGGAAUCUUUGGAGUCGUUAAGACAGCCUUGACUAUAGUUUGGCUGCUAGUACUCAUCGACCACAUGGGCCGCCGCAAUCUUUUGAUGAUUGGUGCCAUCGGUGGUUCUCUCUGUAUGUGGUUCAUUGGAGCUUACAUCAAGAUUUCCGAUCCUGCCUCCAACCAGACCAACACUACAUUAUCUUCUGGUGGCAUUGCCGCCAUCUUCUUCUUCUACCUAUGGACUGCUUUCUACACCCCAUCCUGGAAUGGAACGCCAUGGGUUAUCAACUCAGAAAUGUUUGACCAAAAUACCCGAUCUCUUGGUCAAGCUAAUGCAGCGGCAAACAACUGGUUAUGGAAUUUCAUCAUUGCGAGAUUCACGCAGCAAAUGUUUGAAGCGUGGGGAUAUGGUGUUUAUUUCUUCUUUGCAUCUCUCAUGAUAAUCUCCGUCGUCUUUGUGUUUUUCUGCAUUCCCGAGACAAAGGCGCUACCUCUUGAAGCCAUGGACCGGCUGUUCAAGAUUAAGCCGACAUGGAAGGCGAACAAAAUUUUGCUGGAAGAACUUCGAGCUGAGAAUCAGGAUUUCGAGCAGAAUACGCGAGGGAUAGGUUGGGAUAAUGAGAAGGAUACUUCGGCCGAGCAGGUAGAAUGCGGAACUGGAAAUGUGUAG